ACAGGUACAGUCAGCCAAUCAGCGAUCGGUUCUUUCACUGACGCUGCGACCACCUCCUUCCUCGACCAAUUAGCGUUCAGUAUAAGGCGGGGCUAUAACCAGAGGGUAGCAACAGUUGCCCCGGUGAAGGCUAGGCGCCAUAGUCACGGUAGUCCUGGCGACAAGAACCAAGCAACGGGAGUCAACAACAACAACCUAAAUCUAAGGGGAAAAAAACUUUAACGACUAAAAAGGACAAUACUGGGAUAACAAAGAACUAGUGCCUCAAAUCAUUGGUUGCCAUGGCAACUUCUGGAUACUCGGAGGACCUUCAGCCUCAGCAGGCCAACACAGUAACCAUAGCAACACCUGCUGCCACCACACCCUCGUCCGCGAAGACCGCACACUUCCUGUCCGAGAUCCCACCAACCUCUGGAACCAUCUCGUCCCCUAACCAAUCAACCACUGCCUCGAAAACGGGACAGGAUGCACUUUGUUCUCAAGCACCGCCCACCCAGGCCCAGAGCCACAAGGCAGUGGUUCUGACGACUCCCACGCAGCACUACGUAACCCCCGAUAUACAGCAUUCUGCAGUCCAGAAGAGCAAUGGUCAGAGCAGCUCGCCUCAGUACAUCAUAGUGACUGUUACAGAGGGCUCCGUUCACUCCAGUGACAGUCUGUCAGACUCCAGCCCUCCUGCCCCCGGAGUCCCGACUCAGGUGGUCCAACCGGUGCAGACCACACCACAGCAGAGAUCAGUGUUGCAGGCAGCCAAGAGGAUCCAGACAGGCCACAUCAACAACCUUCAGCCUGUGCAUAUUAACCAAGAGGUGGAACAUGUAUAUUCUGGCCAAGUGCAGUAUGUGGACGGAGCAGGAGACCCAACUUUCACCACGUCCACCAUUCGGUCAAGCAACUACCCAUUCUCCGAUUCGCCCCUCUACUCUCAAACUCCGCCAACCUCCUCCUCCACCUUCUACGAGGCCACGCCCAGCUCUGAGUCAGACAUCACUGGAUCUGUAGCCUCACAGCCAGUUUCUGUGGCAACAGGAGGAGCCAAUAGCGGGGCAGCUGCUGCGGGUGGUGGGGGGUAUGUCAUUCAGGGAGGCUACGUCUUAGGAGGAGGAGGGGGAGGAGCGGGAGCAGCAGGUGGAGGACAGAGUUACUCCAGCCCGAACUCUCGGGCCCCACCUGCUACUGUGCAGUGGCUGUGUGACAACUACGAGGGGGCGGAGGGGGUGAGUUUACCUCGCUGCACCCUCUACUACCACUACCUGCUGCACUGCCAGGAGCAGAAACUAGAACCAGUUAAUGCUGCAUCCUUCGGUAAACUCAUCAGGUCGGUCUUCAUGGGGCUGCGUACACGGAGAUUAGGAACCAGAGGGAACUCUAAGUACCACUACUAUGGUUUGAGGAUCAAAUCCGGUUCCCCUCUGCUCAGACUGAUGGAUGAACAACAACACAUGGCGAUGAGGCAGCAGCCUUUCUCACAGAAAAACAGGUUAAAGCCGGUUCAGAAGGCCCAGGGGAUCGCCAAUGGGACGGCAGGCGGGCUUGGUCAACAGCAGGGAGCAGGACUCUGUGAUAUUUCGGCCCAGGUGCAACAGUAUCAGCAGUUCCUAGAGGCAUCCAGGCCACUGCCCGACUUUGUGGACAUUGAUCUGCAAGAUCGAACCCUUCCUGAUGGGAUCCUUUUAGAACACCUCAAGGCCUUCCAGACUCUGUACAGAGAACACUGUGAGGCUGUUAUGGAUGUGAUGGUCAACCUUCAGUUCACUCUUGUGGAGACAUUGUGGAAAUCCUUCUGGAGGUUCAGCCAGAGCAAUGACACCGAAUCGCUCAACCUACACAAUGAGUCUGAGAAACGUCUGCCCAAGUCGUGCCUGGUGGUGCUGUGUAAGUUUGAACCGGUGCUGCGCUGGACGAGAGAGUGCGACAACCUGCUCUACCAGACGCUGGUGGAGAUCCUCAUCCCCGAUGUGCUGAGACCCAUCCCUAGUGCCUUAACUCAGGCCAUCCGUAACUUUGCCAAAAGUCUGGAGAAUUGGUUGACUGGCGCCAUGAUGAACAUCCCAGAAGAGAUGGUUCGCAUAAAGGUGGUGUGCGUAGGCUCCUUCUCCCAGACGCUGCGUCGCUACACCAGCCUCAACCACCUGGCCCAGGCUGCCCGCGCCGUCCUGCAGAACUCAGCUCAGAUCAACCAGAUGCUCUCUGACCUCAAUCGGGUUGAUUUCACUAACGUACAGGAGCAGGCAUCCUGGGUGUGUCAGUGUGAGGACCGGGUGGUCCAGAGGCUGGAGCAAGACUUUAAAGCGACUCUGCAGCAGCAAAAUUCUCUGGAACAGUGGGCUACCUGGCUGGAUAGUGUUGUCUCCCAGGUUCUGAAGCCCUACGAGCAGAACCCUGUGGCCCUUCCAAAGGCUGCCAAGGUCUUCCUGCUCAACUGGUCCUUCUAUAGUUCUAUGGUAAUCCGGGACCUGACUCUGCGCAGUGCUGCAAGUUUUGGCUCCUUUCACCUGAUUCGCUUGUUGUAUGACGAGUAUAUGUACUACCUGAUAGAGCACAGGGUGGCCCAGGCCAAAGGAGAGACGCCUAUUGCAGUCAUGGGAGAAUUUGCAAGCACCGUCAAGAGCCGAAUCUCUCCAGACCUGGAAAAAGAAGAAGAGGAGGAGGACGAGGAAGAGGAGAGCGAGGAGGAGGGCGGAGAUCUCGUUCUGCAGUCCAGCUCUCUGAGCACAGUCGAUGAGGAGAAGGAGGGGAUGGAGCCGCCCGUCAAGCAGCCCAGGACAAACUUAAAUCUGCACACUCUGACUGAGACCCACAGCACGCCACCCUAGCUGAUCAUCUGCACGCUUAACACGACACCAAACAACACAUUUUUGCUUUUUUUUUUUUUUCCCAUGUCACCCCAUCCCGUCACUCUGUGUGCUUCUGGUUUCUGUUGUGUGUCUGUUGUGAGAAAGUGGGAGAGCCCUUUGCGAAUUUUGUAUCCUGUACUUUUGUGCUGCCGUUCUCCUCUUUGCCUUCACCUGAUCAUUUCCCUCAGUCCCUGUGCCUUCCCUGUCUAUUCAGUGGCCACUCCUGUCCAGCCUAAACUAUAUAUUCAGUGUAUUCUUGAUUCCCUCCUGCCCCGCCUUAAUCACUGACCUGUUUGCUGUGGAGAGAUGAGAAGACUCCAGUGUUCUUCAUUGUCCUCUAAACUGAAAAAUAUCACUUUGCAUUGCCUUUUAACGCAAUGACUAUGCAGGAGAGCUCAACUUUAAUGUCAGAAAUAUAUGUUUCUUAAAUCUAAGAGUAGCAUCUGGAAUGAUACUGCACCAUGGAUAUUUGUUGGCACAUUGAUGUAGACUGACAGCCAUUUGUGGAUGCCAUAUUUAUUUAUUUUUUUUUAUAAACACUCAACCGCUCAACGGGAGUCUUCUAUAUUCAUCGGGCCAAUCCCCGGAAUUCUUUUCUCAUCGCGCGAAUCCCCGGAAUUCUUUUCAGUGAAAAAUACAGAUUCAGAAUACAUGAUAGCUCGAAACAUACUUAAUAAUAACAGUGGCGAUUCGGGUCCAGUCUUCGUAGUAAUUUAAAUACUCUGGAUCAUAUUGGCGCUUUGCCAUCUUGCGUCCCAACAUCAACACAAACAAAAUGAAUGCCAACAAAAGAGUUCUGCGAAAAACCCAACAGUCGCCAAGAGGCCAAGUAAAAUAACGCCAACAAUGACCACAAUCUCCCACACGGCCUGGCAGCAGUUCUUCUCCUUCUUAGGGAGCUCAGGGAUGUUGGAUUUCCCUUCUGGGACAAAUAAAAUAUUUUUAACGUGAGCUCUCACACUCUGGACGAGAGCUUCGUCCACAGCUGGAUCCUUCUCCCUCAUUAAAACCUCCAGCUUCUUCCUGCUGCAGAAUUUCUUCUGCAGCUCUUUGACCACCUUCUUGCUCACGUUCUUGGUCAUCACCAGGUCUGGUCUGAAGUCAUCAGGUACCGAGAGUCCUUCCAUCACCUUUUCGGCCAGGCGUCUGAUGUGAGGAGACCAGCUGUUCGCUCGGAUCCUUGAGAGCAUUGCACUUGCUCAGCACUCUGACUAUGACCACGCGGAUGGCCAGGCGCAGCCCACCUACACUUUGUGGCCCGGUUGUUGUCUCUGAGGGGGCAGAAGUAUCCGCCUCCUCCUCUGGGAUGUUCCUCAGCUCUGUAUCUCCAGGUGAGGACCUUCUCAUCGUGUCGGCUUAUUUCUCUCGAAUGUCCUCCGGCAGUUUCUCUUCAACGCGGCUCUCUCUCAAUUUUGAAUUUGGCCACAACGCCAUAAAACACCAGAAUACGAGACGUGCUGUGUCUGUGCUCCAAUCGGCCUGAAAUUUU